AUGCUCACCAUCGAUUCGUUCCAGCGCAUACGUAAAGUGCUCAUUGCCAACAGAGGCGAGAUAGCAUGUCGUAUCAUCAAGUCUUGUAAAGAGCUUGGUCUUGUCAGCAUAGCAAUCUAUUCAAAGGCUGACCGAUCGAGCGCCCAUGUGAGAUUAGCGGACGAGGCAUGGUUGCUACCUGGAAAUGAUCAGACUGCAUACAUAACUGAAGAAGACGUUCUGAACAUCGCCAAGAAGAGUGGGGCAAAUGCAAUUAUACCUGGAUAUGGCUUUUUAUCGGAGAACGACGGGUUUGCGGAGAAAGUAGAGGCCGCUGGAUUGACCUGGGUGGGGCCAUCCUCGGAAGUGAUACGGAAGUUUGGAUUGAAACAUACAGCUCGAGAGCUGGCUGUUGAAGCGGGAGUACCCGUGAUAUCUGGAACGGAUUUGUUAAAUUCCGCUGAAGAAGCAUUGGUAGCGGCCAACAAGAUCGGCUAUCCUAUUAUGCUGAAAGCGACCGCUGGGGGUGGAGGCAUGGGUUUGCAGAUUUGCUGGAAUGAGUCGGAAAUAGAAGCGGCUUUCCACUCUGUCCAUGCUCGUGGGGCGACGCUGUUCAAGAACACCGGAAUGUUCAUGGAAAAGUACGUUGCCAAAUCAAGACAUGUUGAAGUCCAAGUCUUUGGUAAUGGUACAGGAGGUGCUGUACAUUUCGGCGAGCGAGAGUGUAGUAUUCAACGGAGACACCAAAAGGUAGUUGAGGAAUGUCCUUCUCCUUUCGUGCAUAAAAAGCCUGAAAUGAGAGAACGCCUAACGAGCUGCGCUGUAUCACUGGCUAGCAACGUGUGUUACGGAAGUGCGGGUACUGUUGAGUUUCUCGUCGACGACACCGAUGGGUCAUUCUACUUCCUGGAGAUGAAGUGA